UUACGUUCGAUGACUACUCUGAACAUACAUGUUCAUAUGGUAUUCGAUGACAGUCAUUGAGUGGAUAGGCAUCAAUUAAAGUUUCCGUCAAGUCUUGGUAUCUAUGUAGGUCGUAGUAGAAAGGCCGGAUUUAUUGAAUAUAAACAGGACAACCAUCAUGGCCAAGGUCAAUGUUCCGCAUCGGUUAAUCUCCGUCUGGAUCUUUACAAGAAUAGUAUUCAGCCAAGCAGCAAAUGUCGGACUAAAGAAUGGAGUUACCCCAAGAGAGGGAAGAGUAGAAGUUCGCAUUAAUGGAACUUGGGGUACACUCUGUGACAACAGCUUCGACAUCAACGACGCCCAUGUCAUCUGCAGGAGCCUGGGUUUCACUGGGGCACUUGGUACCACGUCACUUUCGGAGUUUGGGCCGAGUUCUUUAAAGGUCCACCCACUAGAGCUGCAGUGUAACGGGGGUGAAUCUAACUUGUUGGAAUGUCCCAUGGGUAUCUUAGAGCUCCAGACAGUGGGGUGCGGCUCUAAUCUUAAUGAGGCUGGUGUUAGAUGCUCAGAUUGCCAAGACGUCAAUCCUAAUUGCGAAGAAUGGGCCAGUCAAGGGGCUUGCGAAUCUUACCCAGGAGAAAUAUUACCUGUCUGUCAGAAUAGUUGCGAGCAGUGUACCCUUCUCAGCAUAAAUGAUUCAUUACCAUUGCUUCCUGAAGAGGAAACGUGUGUAACAGGACAUUGCUUUCUUGAUUCCAAUGAUGAAACUAAGUGCAUACCAGUUGUUGAUAUCUGCGUGACUGCGGGAUGGUAUCAAGGAGUGCUGUGUGUGCCUACUCCAACUGCACCAACUCCAUCAUCUGUGCGAUGUAUGAGUUUGUCCAAUGAACGCACCAGAACCUCGCUAUCUGCUUUCGGCCUGACGGAAACAUUGAGAGACAGAUUGAAGGGACUCGCCCAUACAACAAUGGCAGUAGAUCAAGAUAUAGAGAAGGCUCUAAACAAGCUUGCCGGUCUCUACACAUACAUUCAGCUUCACAAUCUAGAGCUCUUUCCCGAACACAUAUUGAGCCGACAGAGUCAGGCUACUCUCUUAUUCCUAUUUGAUAUGAAUUUACUGUCAAUUGAAGACAAUGCUUUCAUUGGAUUUCCAAGGCUUCAAACACUAAUCCUGGGGACCAACAAUAUACGGGAGAUAAGAAAUACAGCGUUCACUGGUUUAGAACAAUUGCAAUAUCUGAAUCUUCGACAUAACGAUAUAUCUUCCAUUGAGAAUGACACGUUCACACAUUUGAACAAUCUGUUCUUCUUGGAAAUGAACAACAACGAACUAGUCCAUCUUCAGCCGGGUGUAUUCUCUGGAUUGAACAACCUUCGGGCACUGGCUCUAUUCAAGAAUGAGAUUACCGGCAUCGAUAAGGGAGUUUUCGACGGCCUGCAUGAAUUGCAAUUUCUGUAUCUGCAGUCAAAUAACAUUAGCGAUAUUCAAGUCGGAGCGUUUUCUGAUCUUGAAAACCUUAAAAUAUUGAAUUUGUCGUCAAAUUUGAUAAACACUUUACGAAGUGAAGUAUUCACAGGACUUUGGUCUCUUCAGUAUCUUCUCUUAACCAACAACCAUAUUCAUGUCAUCGAAGGUCAUGCCUUUGACUCACUAACGAAACUCGAGUAUCUGUUCUUUCUUGGUACUGAAUUGGGAGCUAUAGACUCUGAUGCACUCACUGGUCUCACAUAUUUGCAGAAAAUGUCGACCUCUGACAAUCGCUUGUGUUGUCUUUUAGCCGAUAAUGCAACUUGUGCAAGGACAUCCCAGACCAGUCCCUUGGACACCUGCAGCAGGUUAUAUCCAAACUUGGCCUUGAGGAUUGCAGGAUGGGUCAUGGGUUUAUUGGCCAUAGGUGGCAACGGCGCCGUUCUCUUCAUUCGGACUCGGGAUAGAAAGAAACACAAAAAUAAGGUCCAGAAUACAAUGAUAAGCAGCUUAGCCAUGGCUGAUGUUUUGAUGGGACUCUACAUGAUUAUCAUUACGUCUGCAGAUCUGGAAUAUGGCAACAAGUUUUACCUCAGCGCCCCUCAAUGGCGCAAUUCCAACUUGUGUCGGUUUGCUGGAUUUCUCGGGUUUCUAUCCAGCGAGGCAUCGGUUCUGACCCUGACUUUGAUAUCCAUUGAUAGGUUGAUAUGCAUUAUGUUUCCUUUCAAGCCGGAGUUUAAGAUUCGCCACAAGGGGUCUUUGAUUCUCGUUGGUGCAGCCUGGUCGUUCACUGUAUUGUUAAGUCUUGCCCUGGUCAUUGUUACAUCAUACAGACCUGACGUGUAUGGACUUUCUGACGUAUGCCUUGGUCUACCACUUCAUGUUGAGGCGAAAGACACUGGAGUCUUGGAAAUCAGUGGAGAAUUCUUCUUUGAGUAUCAGGUCAAUUACAAAAUCGUCGAGAGUCGGUCCAGGCCUCCAUGGUUGUUCUCCAUCAUAAUUUUCAUUGGGUUCAAUCUUGUUUCUUUCACUUUCAUCUUAAUCUGCUAUAUCAUGAUCUUCAUCAAAUCUACAAGUGCUUCAAAGAAAGUCCGCAACAGCAAAUCCAUCAAGCAAGAAACAAGACUAGCUGUUAGGAUGGCGAUGAUCGUUGCUACUGACCUCGCUUGUUGGAUGCCAGUGAUCAUCAUGGGAAUCCUUUCUCAGACCGGUGCAGUCACCCUCGAUCCUUCUCUCUAUGCUUGGACAGUGAUUCUCAUCGUCCCUAUCAAUUCAUCAAUUAAUCCGUUCCUAUAUACAUUCAUCGUUUAUAUAGAUGGCAUGAAGGCGAAAAGGAAGACAACUGAUAAAGACAAGAAAAUCAACUUAAAAGAUGUGAAAAACGAGCGCGGUGGGAAACAGUCUUCUUCCAUCACUAGCACUACCAAAGUAUCUGAAACAUAGUUUUGUAAUAGCUGAUUUCUUUUCCCAAACCGAACCAAUCCCAGCUGAGUCAUUUUAAAACUGAUGUCAAAUACAUUGGUG